AUGGACCUUUAUUCAGUUGCUCGUCGGAUAUUUGAAGGAGUUCAGAUGAACCCAGCUAUCAACAACACAUUACUGGUUCUCAUUCCCAAGGUGCAGAAUCCUGAAUCCAUUUUCCAAUUCAGACCUAUUAGCCUCUGUAAUGUGGCACACAAAGUCCUAACCAAGGUCAUAGCCAACCGUCUAAAACCCUUGUUGCCUGAUCUUAUCGGUCCUGAACAGAAUAGUUUCAUACGUGUGGCAGGUAGCAACAACGCUAGAUCAGUCCACCUCAUCCUAAACUUCUCAGAACAGAUUCAGAAAGCAUCCAAGGUCAGUGAUCCUUCAACUAGGAAGCGAGCUAGAAUUGUCAGGCACAUAGCAUUGUCUCAUCCCCCAUCGGACACCGUGAAACUGAACUCGGAUGGAAGUGUCAUGAUUAAUCCAGACUCAGCUGCGAGCGGAGGACUUAUCAGAGAUCAAAUGGGGAAUUGGCUGGUUGGUUUCAAGGCUAAUCUUGGUACCUGCUCCAUUUUCAGAGCCGAAGCUUGGGGUGUGCUCCUUGGUUUACGAUUGGCCUGGAACCGAGGGUGGAGGAAGGUGAGGGUCGAGGUGGACAACCAGGCCUUAGUUUCAACAAUCCAACGAUCAGAUUAUGAAUACACAGUUGAUGGAACAAUAUUGAGGGAGAUAAAAAUCUAA